UUUUCUUAGUUUUCAUUUCUCAAAAUACUACACUUCAAUACAUACACAGCUUUACUGCCAACUUUAGGGCAAUUUAUUUAAAACAAAUUUACCGCAACUUUUUGAAAAUGUUCUCGAGAUCAGCCCUACGUCCUUUGACUAUAGCCGUUGUUCGUUCGACUGCUACUCAUCCAGCCGGCGGAGGCAAGCAGUCCCCUGGCCAUAAACAGUACGGAAAGGAUCGCGUGGUCUUCUUGCCAGAUGAUUGGCUCAAUGGACCCCUUGGCGUCGGCCUUUUGGCCUAUAUCUGCUCCGGGGACUUCUGUGCCAUUAGGCACGAGCACAGCGGACUUUCCCUUGGUAUUAUGCAGGACGGGCACUAUAGUUAUGGAAUGACCAUUGGAAUUAUGGCAACUUUCAGUUUAAUAAAGCUGCUUCCAGUGAUUGUCAAGUGGGCUGAUAACAAGAUCAAUAAAAUUGAAUCCGGGAGCAAAAAGGAUGGCAUAGUUGAGGUCCUGCUUAUCUCGCCACCUAAGAAGAAAGAGGAAGAUCAAUCAGGACAAUGAUAGUUAGAUCAAAUAAUUAAUUUUAAUUUUUUUUUAAGUAUUUUUUAAGCUAGUGUGUAUGUAAUAUAGCUUCAAAAUGUCGGUGUGA